AUGGCUUCUGUGGCUGCUGUUUGCAGUGGGCCGGGGAGGAGAAAGGUUGCGAGCUUCCUGACGGCGGCUAUCAGCUGUCGAGCGGUGCUGUGGAGAAGUUGUUCACAGUAUAAACAGGUAGCCAGCAAUGAGGACCUGCCUGUUCCAAUAGAAAAUCCUUAUAAGGAGCCUCUUAAAAAGUGUGUCUUGUGUGGAAAACGUGUAGAUUAUAAAAAUGUACAGCUUUUGUCCCAGUUUAUUUCUCCAUUUACUGGAUGCAUUCAUGGAAGGCACAUAACAGGUCUUUGUGGGAAGAAACAAAAAGAAAUCACAAAAGCUAUUAAGAGAGCACAAAUAAUGGGAUUUAUGCCAGUUACGUACAAGGAUCCUGCAUAUCUCAAAGACCCUAAAAUUUGUAACAUCAAAUAUCGGGAGUAA